CAAGUUAUAUUCUAGCCCUCGCCUCGCUCAGUCUCACACAGCUCCGUGCGCGCAACACACCACUUACGUCAUUACGUCAUGUGUAACGUUUGUACUCGCGAUGUGGCGCCGGCGAUCGAAACGCCGCCCGCCAAGCCAAACCGCACGCUCGAACGGAUGAAGAGGAAACACAAUAUUACAACCGACCCUCAUGAUGAGGAGCGCCAAAAGGAGGUCGCCUACCAGCCUGACCUGCUCGCUAUAUCCACACAGUACAGCAAAGUCGCCUACGAUCUAUUCAAGCAGGGAUUAGUCCGACUCCAAGAAACCAAGGCUUUCGUUAUGGCGACGCGGACACCGCAACCGCUGCAUAUAUCUUUGGCGUUGCUAGUAAUCGCGGCAUGGCUGCUGCGGCCCGGACCCGCUGCCAGUCUGCGCGGAUGGCGCGCCCUCUACGUCGCCGCUGUCGCCACGCACCUCGGCGCGCAGAUUUGGAUGACACUCAUUUCUGGUGUCGUUCUGUACUUCUCGCUGCCUCGGCACGAGUUCGGUCGUGUACAGACGGUGCUCUUCCCCGUCUACUACGCGUUCAAUGCGGUGGUGAGCCUGCUGGCCGUGCUCGCUUACUUCCGCACACAGACCCUCACGCAUUUCCAACACACCUCCUGGAUACAGCUAGCGUUGCUGCUAGCAGUGUUCAGUAUAGAAGCUUACGUGCGCCUGCGCCUCGUGCAGCCCAUGCUGCGUGCCAAGCAUGUCAAGACGCAGAUGGAGGAGGCUGCGGGGGGCGGACAAGAGGUGGGUCGUCUAGUUAUGGGCGAGCUGGCCCACUGUCCGCGCUACAUCCGCGUCCUGAAGACCUUCCGGGCCUACCACUCCACCAUCGCCAUGGGAACCAUGAUCGCCCUCGGCUGCUCCUGCUACUCCACCAUGAUUAUAGUAGACUCGAUGUGCCUCUAGACGCGAGCGCGACAACAUACAACGAAACAAAACGUCCAAUGUUUUAUAACUUUAAAUCUUUGACGUUUCCCCUGUUUGUGUUGUCUAUGGAAGUUGCAGUUAAGGAAAAAUAACUCUUUAGUGUUAAUGUUUGUUUCUCGUUGUGCGAAAUGUACGAUGUAUGAUGUAUAUAAUAUGACAUGGUUAUUUUUCUUUUAACGUUAUCAUCUACGAAUGUGUUACGAUAUAUGUAUUAUGGAAUAUGUCUAGAUUUUACAGAAUUCUGUAUGUAAAUAACAAUGAAAUUCUGUAAAAUCGAUAAAGUAUUUAAUGGUUUACAUUUAAAUUAAAAAUACAACACGUAUUUCAAAUGUAAGAUUUUCAUAAAAUAGCUAAGGAUGUUGUGAUUGCAUUUUUAGUGCAGUUAUGUAUGUUCCAGUUCCGAUCCAGGCUGUGCAGUCUGUAUUUUAUUAUAUUAUAGCUAAAUAUUAGUUAUUGAACGUUUUGUCGUUAAGAGUUAUCUGCAGGCGCUGGUCGCGUGAAUAUUUCCAAAUGAAAUACGUGUUUUUAACGUAAAAAAUGUUUGACUGUGUUAAUUAAAAUUUGACAUUUAAUGCACAUAAUAGAUAAUUUACAAUAACCAUUUAUAAGUCAAUUUUAAGUCCCUCGAAUUUGGGUAGAAGGCAUAUAUAUAUUCUUGCCAAUAAUAGUACUCGUAGUAUUUUUUGUAUUUUUAUAUUACAUUGCAGCCGCUAACCAUCUUAAUUAAAGCUGCUUGGUUACUAUAAAUGCGACAAAUUCAAGUCGCCCGAUAUCAGAAUUCCUACCAGGAAUGCCAUACAAAUUUAGUCUUAAAUAUAGCUUUUAAGUUUUUAGACAUUACGCCGAUAAUUCAAUCGUUUGUAGAAGACUGGAAUUUACUAAUGUGGCAAAACUAGAGCCUCAUGCGACGAACGCGUUCUGCGAAACCAAAGGUUUUUUAAACGUCGUAAACUUUACGUCCCACGAUGUUUAAGGAAAUGAAACUUUCAAAGAUCUCGUUGAUUGUACUCAUUGAUUGUUGAUAGUUUUAUUUCAUAAUUUUGCAGUAAGAUCUAGUCAGCAAUAAACGGAAAUUGGUCGUAAAGUCGCGAUUUGAUAUAAUUCAGGAGUUUAUGCUUACAUCUCAAGCCAUGUGUUGGAUGCGAUAGGUUGUCUGUGACAUACGAUCAAGCAGCUUGCAGUCGCGGACGUAUUGUAUUAUAUAAAUUUAGCAAUAUUUAAUCUCUAGUUGUAGGUACUUUAUACCGAUGAUCUGAAUGUUAUCGUGUAAGAUAUCAUUAUUUAUUCAAAAGAGUGAUGAGAGUUUAAUUAAGAGAUAAAAAAUAAAUUACUCUACUGAGAAAUAUA